AGCAGUGAUGGCAACCCUGUACGAAAUCUAUAAAAUGUCAUAACAAACAAGUACGACAUUAUACCGCACGUGCAGCAAUUCAACUGAGUUUGUGAGCCUUUAUAAUUUUUUUAAUUUAGUUAUAAAAUUAAGUUAUCAAAACUUGAAAAAAUGCCGCCUGCAAGAACUGUAAAAAUUGAUAUGACAGUAAAACCUAAGAAAACUGUGUUUGAUGACGAAGGAGAAAUAGUGUCCGCAGAGACAGCAAGUAAGAAGCAAAAAAAGAAAACUUUUAAAAAUUCUGAUGAACAAGUCGAAGAGGAAGAUUCAACAGAUAACGUAAAUGAUUAUGGUGAAGAUGAUUAUUUUGUCAAGCGUGACAAAGAAAGAAAGAGCCAACAAAAAACCACAAAUGCUGAUGAUCCACAAACCAAAUGGUUCAAUGCGUUUCCACAAUAUGCUUCCACUGAUGAAGAUGUAGAUAUAAAGGAUAAUGAACAAAUGACUUUGUAUAAUAUGUGUAAAAGCUCUUUUGACGAGGAAAUGCCAUCAUACUUGAAACGAAAUCCCUCGGAUGCACGUUGGUUACAAACUGCGCUGCAUAAAGGUACCGCAAAAGAUCGAGCCAAUGCUGGUGCAUUACUUGUGACAAGUAAUCCACUUGCCAAUUUGGAAGCACUAUCAACUCUAAUCAAUUUUACGAAAUUAUCGAAUAAAUCUUGUGUAGAAGUAAUUGGAAUAUUGACUGAUUUGUGGAAAGAAGUCUUAUUGCCACCACAGCGUAAACUGUUGUCAUUACAAAUGCGUGGUGCGGAUUGGAAAACUAUACGUAAGGAUACUUUAUUAACCAAAGAACAGCAGAGGCGCAUAUAUGCUUAUUGGUAUUUUGAAAAUGAGUUGAAGGAUCAUUACUUUGAAUUUCUUAAAAACUUGCAGCAGGGUAUGCAAGCUGGUCAAGAAAACAAUAAAAAUCACUCCAUCGUAUGUGCUGCACAAUUACUUGCUUUCGCACCAGAGAAGGAGCAAAUGUUACUAACGAUGCUGAUCAAUAAAUUAGGUGAUCCAGUUGCUAAAGUAGCAUCGAAAGCACUCUAUCAUCUUACCGAAGUUGCACAUAAACAUCCAAACAUGUGUGGCGUCAUUGUAGCUGAAGCAGAGAAAUUAUUGUUUCGUAACAACAUAUCAGAGCGAGCACAGCAUUUUGCACUUUGCUUUUUGGCUAGCAUAGCCUCCGCUGGCAGUGCUGAUGUUUCAACCAAAAUGGUUAAUAUAUGUUUUGCACUAUUCAAAGUGUUGGUCCAAAAGGGUGCAGUUAAUAAUCGCACCAUGCAAGCUAUACUACGUUGUUUACAAAAAGCCAUACUUGAAGCUAAACCCAAUAAGUCAAGCAAUGAAAUACUGAAUAAGGAAAUGCAGGAUACUGUAUAUCGUUUGGUACACUUAGCUGAUAUACGCAUAUCAGUACAAACACUAGGAUUGCUGCUUCAGCUGAUCACUAUAAAAACAGAGAAAUCAGAUCGUUUCUACAAUGCCUUGUAUAAGAAAAUGUUGGAUAUGGAAGUUACAAAUAUUGGCACUAAAACUGCUGCACAAUUGUUGCAUAUAAUACAUAGAGCCAUGCAUAUUGAUGCCAAUGUGCCACGCGUACAGGCAUUUAUCAAACGUCUACUCCAAGUAGCACUCUAUGUACCCUCUCAAGUAACAGCCGGUUGUCUGAUUGUUAUAUACAAACUGUUGCGUGCACGUAAGGAGCUGCUUAAUGAAGAAAAUGAUGAAGAAGGUGCAACUAUAAAACUGGCUCAAGUCGCUCCUGAUGAUGAAGACUUGGCCAAGUUUGAUAGUGAUGGUGAAGAAAAGUAUGAGGAUGUGAAACUAGAUGAAAGUACAAAUGAAGGUAAUGUUACAAAAGAUGAAGAGGAAUUCAUUGACGCAGGUGAAGAUGUGAAAUCGACUCAAUCCUCUUGGCAUCAUGCCAAAGUGCCAAAUGACAAUGUGGAAAUUAAAACAAAAGAGAUAAAUGCCACUAAAUAUGAUCCAUAUCAUAGAGUGCCUGCAUUUGCCGGCGCUGAAUUCACACUACGCUAUGAACUGCUAUUGCUGCGAGAGCAUUUCCAUCCCACUGUGCAAGUAUUUGCUGAUAACAUAUUAAACCAAAAACGUAUCGAUUAUUAUGGUGAUCCGCUAAGAGAUUUUGGGCUGCCACAUUUCCUUGAACGAUUUGCGUUUAAAAAUCCGAAAAAACUAGAUAAACAGAAAGCAGAAACACCAACACUGGCUCAUAAACGAUAUUUAGCUUAUGGCGCACGUGGUAAACCCGUCAAAUCACUAACAAAGCAGAAUUGCGCUGAAGAAGAAAUGUACAUUUUUAAUUUUUUGGAAAACAAAAGAAAACAGGCUGCACAUAUGAAACAGAAGAAAACGGGUGAAAAGGACGGUGAUGACGAUGAUGAGACACUCAAAGGUGGAGAUAUAGAUGAUGAUGAAUUUGAAGACUAUCUUGAUGGCUUCUUUGGUAAAAAAGCUAAAGCUGCGGCUCAAGCAGAAAGAGCUGAAGAAGAGGAAUUAGAUUUCUUGAAGGAAUUAGGUGGUGAAUUUAAAGAUGAGAAGAAAAAGAAAAUAAAGAAGAAGAAGUCGGACGAUGAUGAGGAUGAUGGCGCUGCAGAUAUUGAUGCAGAUUGGGGUGAUGAUGUUGCUGAAAACGAUAAUGACGAUCUUGAUGGUAGUGAUAGUGAUAUGUCGGAUGAUGAAGAUGGUUCGAUUGAUUUCGAUAAUGAUGAUGACAAUGAUUCAAUGGAUGACAGCAAUAAUGGCUCUGAAGCUGAAGAUGACAUUGAUGAAAUGAGUGUGAGCGGUGAUGAUGAUAUUGCUGAUAAUGAUGAUGAUGAUGAUGAUGACGAUUCAUCACCACCAAAAAGUAAAAAAUCACGUAAACAACUCCAUGCAAUGAAUGAGAAGAAUUUCGCCAAAACAUUAAAGCACAGUUUCGAUAUGAAUUCACUGUUCGCUGCAGCGGAUGAUUUUGCAGAAUUACUUGAAGAAACUGGCAAAACGAAAGGUCAAGGCACAGCGAAUGCAGUUUUCAAUAAAGAUAAAUCCUCAAACAAGCAGUUGAAAUGGGAGGAGAAACGGCGUUCAAACGCGAAAACGUACGGCAAAAAAGGUGCAAAAGGACCGAGUGCAAAUAAAAAAUUUGCAAAAAAAAGAAAAAAUUAAGACAACAAAAAUUUGAAAAACAAAAAUAGUUAUAAGUUAAUCUUUAGUUAAUUGUGUAUCACAUAUACUAAUUAAAGUUUUAUUUCAUAA